GUCAGACAGGUUUUUCAUUUCGUCAAAUUCCACAGAACCCCAGUGACACCAGUGAACAGAAACGUAGCAGUAAACAUAAUAACGACAUAUAUACAUCUACAACCAAUGGCCAAUUCCUGUCGCUGACCUUGACUCGGUCGUCUGUGAACUGAACAUCUAAAUUUGGAGAAACUUAAAUCUCUCAGCAGGCGGUUGUGAAUUGCCAGAGCGCGAGAUGGAGAACGAGUGCUCGGAGGUGAAGGACGACGAGGCGUCGAUGUGGGAGAACGUGGAGAGCAAACGGCAUUUUCUGAGCCGGUGCAUCAGCCCCAACAAGCUGACUCCCUACCUGCGGCAGUGCAAGGUCAUCGAUGAGCAGGAUGAGGAUGAGGUGCUCAACUCACACAUGCUGGUGUCUAAAGUCAACAGGACAGGCCGACUGUUGGAUAUCUUGCACACAAAGGGGCAGCGUGGCUAUGUGGUGUUUCUGGAAAGCCUGGAGUUUUACUACCCUGAGCUCUACAAACUGGUAACGGGAAAGAACCCCACUCGCAGAUUCUCUUCAAUUGUAGUGGAGGAGGGUCACGAAGGCCUGACGCAGUUCCUGAUGAACGAGGUGAUCAAGCUGCAGCAGCAGACCAAGGCGAAGGACGUGCAGCGCGUGGAGCUCAUGAGCAAACAUCGCACCAUGGAGGACGAGCACAAGAAGCUACGGCUCGUCAACCAGGAGCUCUUCACCUUCCAGGAGCGCUACAACAAGAUGAAGGAGGAGAGGAACAACUACAACGACGAGCUCAUGAAGGUCAAGGACGAGAACUACAACCUGGCCAUGCGCUAUGCCCAGCUCAGCGAGGAGAAGAACAUGGCAGUCAUGAGGAGCAGGGAUCUGCAACUGGAGAUCGACCAGUUAAAGCACAGGUUGAACAAAAUGGAAGAGGAGUGCAAGCUGGAGAGGAAACAGUCCCUGAAACUGAAAAACGACAUUGAGAACCGGCCCCGCAAAGAGCAGGUGCUGGAGCUACAGAGGGAGAACGAGGUGCUAAAGAUGAAAAUUCAGGAGCUGCAGUCCAUCAUACAGCCUGGGAAGCACAUUGUGCCCGACUCAGACAAAGCCAUCUUGGAUAUCCUGGAACACGAUCGUCAAGAGGCCCUGGAGGAUCGUCAGGACCUGGUGAACAGGCUGUAUAAUCUACAUGAUGAGGUGCAUCAAGCGGAGGAGCUCAGGGACAAGUAUUUGGAGGAGAAAGAAGAUCUGGAGCUGAAAUGCUCAACACUGGUGAAAGACUGCGAGAUGUACAAAAACCGCAUGAACACCAUGAUGAUCCAGCUGGAAGAGGUGGAGAGGGAACGGGACCAGGCAUUCCGUUCCCGUGACGACGCCCAGACCCAGUUCUCACAGUGCCUCAUCGACAAGGACAAGUACCGCAAGCAGAUUCGCGAGCUGGAGGAGAGGAGUGACGAGCUCCACAUUGAGAUCGUCAGGAAGGAGGCCAAGAUCGUCAACUUGGAAUCCAAACUGCGACGCAUGUCCAAGGAUGCCAACUGUCUGGACCAGAGUUUGCCCAGAAACAUCCCCUCAACAAUCAUCUCCCAGACCUUCGGUCAGUCGUGCCAAAAGACUAACGGUCAAGACAUGGUUGAGCCAGACUCUGAUGAUGAUUCACCUGAAGACAAUGAGUUCUUCCAACCUCCACCGCUCUCUCCUCGGCUGAAACGCAGACCCAACUUAAAGGGAAUUACGCUUGCCAGAGCAAAAUCCCCAAUAAACGUAACCAAACCCCCAGAUUUCCAAGCUGCGAUAGCUGCAAAUGGGGAUUUGUCUGAAGCAGUCAGCACAGGGACAGACACGACCUCAACUCACACAAACUCCCUCAAUAAUUCAUCCAACUCCAUCAAUGGAUGUGAAGUGAUUAAUAAACUGACGCUGCGCGGUCGAAAUGACAGUAUAAUCCCUGAGCCCCCCUGUAACGAUUCCAUUGUCCGGCGCCAUAAAGAAAGAGAACACAGCACCCAACCCAGAAGCAAUUUGGAUCUUGAUAGUGACAGUGGAGAUAACAUGGAGCUUUAUGAUGAAGAUCCUGACAGAUUCUACUUCGGACCACCCUCUCUUCACUCCUCGUCUUCCUCCCAUCAGUCCGAGGGACUGGACUCCUAUGACCUGGAGCAACAAGUCAACAACAUUUUCAGGAAGUUUUCACUGGAGCGACCCUUCCGCCCUUCCGUGACCUCGUUCAGUCGUAUCAGCAGCACGCUGAGGCCCGUGCAGGACGUCACACUGCCCGGGGAUAGCCUGCUGUCAGAGAUCACGCUGGUGGGCGGGAACGACAGCGGGAUUUUCAUCUCCUCCGUUCAGCAGGGGUCCAACGCAGAGACGGCGGGGCUCAGAGAGGGACAGCACCUCCUGCUGCUUGAAGGCUGCAUAAGAGGAGAGAAUCAGAAAGUGCCCCUGGACACCUGCACUAGAGAAGAAGCACACUGGACACUGCAGAAGUGCAAUGGGCCAGUUACUCUGCACUUCAGACCCAACUAUGACGGUUACAGAAAGCUGCGUAAGGAAUUAGAUGAUGGUUCAGUCACGUCUGGGGACUCCUUCUAUGUGCGCUUGAACUUGAACAUCUCAGGGCAGACGGACAGCUGCUCUCUGAGUAUGAAGUGCGAUGAGAUCGUGCAUGUCCUGGAUACCAUGUACCAGGAGAAGAGCGAGUGGCUGUGUGCCCGGGUCGAUCCCUGCAACGACAAAGACAUGGAAAAGGGAACGCUCCCCAGUUACAGCAGGGCCCAGCAGCUGCUUCUUGUAAAAAUCCAGAGGCUGAUGUACAGAGGCAGCAGAGAUGAGACUGACAGUCAAUACAGUACACUCCGAGGUCUCAAGAACACACUGCAGCCCGAGGAGACGCCACCUCAGCCAGAUCUGAAAUCCAGCCCUCGUCUCUCCAGAGCCAGCCUGUUUCUUGGACACAUCUUACAGUUUGUCAGCAGGAAUGAAAAGUACAAGAGGAUGAACAGCAGUGAGCGUGUGCGAAUUGUCAGUGCAGGCACCACCACACCCACUCGGCACACAUUCGAAGCUGUCAAACAAGAUGUUCCAGAUUUAGAUCCUGAGAACGACCUGAACAAGAGUCUGAACUUGAUUCCCUACAGCCAUGUAACAGCGAAUCACUGCCAGCGCAAGCGGCCCGUGCUCUUCUGGCCCACCGCGCUCGCUAAAACCAUCGUCCACAAACUGCUCAAUGCCGGGGGAGCUAUGGAGUUCAACAUUUGCAAACCAGACAUUUUGACAAAGGAUGAGUUUCUGCAGAAACAAAAGAUAGAGCCCCUUAUUUUCUCCCGGGAGAAGAAUGCCAAUACAUUCGAAUGUAUCACAACAGAAAUUAUUGAGGCUGUCGCUGCAAAGAAUAAGCAUUGCUUGUUGGAAGCUGGAUUGAGCUGCACAAAAGAUUUGAUCCGAAGAGAAAUUUAUCCCAUAAUUAUCUUCAUCAGGGUCUCUGAAAAAAACAUCAAGAAAUUCAGGAAGUUGCCACUCAAGAUGGACUCAGAAGACGAGUUUCUGAAAAGCUGUCGAGCGAAGGAGAAAGAGCUGGAGGCUGUGCCCUGUCUCUAUUCCACAGUGGAGGCCGAUGCGUGGAGCGGGAUUGAGGACCUCUUGAAGGUCAUCAAGGAGAAAAUCCUAGAAGAGCAGAAGAAGACCGUCUGGAUUGAGCAAGACCAGCUCUAGUUACGACGUGGUGCUGCCAACAGGAUACAUACAGAUUGGGCUACACGAACGGGUUCCCUUUAGUGGCAAUGCGUUAUUUCAAAGUAUGAAUCCGCAGAGUGUUAUUCACAGUGUGAUGGGAACCCACCAUGGUUCUGCAGUUAUGACCUGGUGGUGAUGGUGGUUAUGAUGGAGAAACAUAAUUCUCUCUCUGAAUAAUCAACAUUGUUUAAUGCUGAUAAUGCUGAUUGUUUUAAUGUUUAUCAGUAGCUACAAGAAGCACGGUGCAGUAUACUAAUGGCUUCUGCUGCAUGUAGUACAGUACAUCUGGCUUGGACUAUCACAGUUAGCAACGAGAAUGCUGAAGCACCAAUGCAAAAGCAUGUCACAUUCCUACUGCCACAAUGCAAUCAUCCCAGUACUAAGAAAACUCUCAAGGACUGCACUGUAAGUUUCGUAUGUUUUAGUUUCUUUAUUUAACCAGGAGAUUUACCCACUGAGACCGAGGUAUUGUUUACAAUGGGGUCCUAAUCUGUGUCUUCUGUAACUACUGCUGCUUGUGGUACUCGGAGCGAUCCUUACUACUUCUGUGUGAUCGGUUACUAGAAGUGUUGUUAAGGUUCACUCAAUAAAGGUUGAAAGAUAAAGCUUUUUAGAUCACCCUUACUGGUGACCCUUAUAAAAGUUUACUACAGUUAAAGCAUAGGAAAGUGUAAUAAAAGUAUAGACAAGCAUUUUAAAGCCCAGAGAGGUACAGUAAAGCAUAUAAAAAAGAACAUGGCAACUUUGGGAAAUGUGUAGUAUAACUAUGUGAAAAACAUGGGCAAACUGCAAAUUUACAGUGCCAGAUUUAGAAAAACAUGUUCCAACGUUUCUAAUAAAGCUGUUGAUUCAUCCACUGCAAAAUACUUGUGUAAAGUUACAGUAUGUGUAGGAGCGAUGGAGAUGUGAACACAAGACCACAAUACAAUUGGAAAAAGUCAUGUCUUGCCAUCUUUAAAGGAAUAUGACAUUAAUUAAUUAGUCGGGGAUAUUUGUCACAUAUAUUCUACUGGGAAAGCAAAAACUGUGGGCUCAACAAACUGGUUAUUCUUAGAAGAUUUAAAGAAAGCAAAACGUUAUUUAACUGUUUAUCUCAAAAUUUGAAUUGUUCAAAUAUAUCCAAGAAUAGAGUCUUGGAAGCCUUAUUUUGUCAUACUAACAGUGUGUUUUUGAAUGUAUUAUACUAAUAUUAUCAUUUGAGUUUGUGUGUUGUAGAAAAGACGUGAAUGUAGCUUUUAUUUUUUAUUUUUAGAUAGACACUUGGCUCUUUUUGUUAAUAAGUUAUGAACCAGUUAAGAACUUUUCACAAAAUUUACAACAUCAAUUUUCAUAGCCUGAAAUCCCCUAGUUUCCUCAAAAACUGUAUCACAUUUGUAUAUCUUGUUCUUGAAUCGCUCAACUUUCUGAUUGUUAAUGAAACAUUGAGUACUUUACUGAAGGAAAAUAUUGUACAGUAUGUUUGUUCACAGCAGGUAAUAAUUCUUAUAAAUCCACUUACUACCAUGUUUAAAAAAAACACUUGGUCUAAAGAAACACGUGGUCUAAAAAAACACGUGGUCUAAAGCUGAGGGAACACAAAGCUACUUUUUCAGGAACAGUGGCUUGAAAUCUGGUUCAACGAGACAUAUGGGGCAUCACUGUGGAGUAGUGGUUAGGGCUCUGGACUUUCGACUGGAGGGUCAUUGGUUCCAUCCCUGGUGGGGACACUGCUGCUGUACCCUUGAGCAAGGUACUUUACGUAGAUUGCUCCAAAAACCCAACUGUAUAAAUGGGUAAUUGUAUGUAAAAAAUAAUGUGAUAUCUUGUAACAAUUGUAAAUCGCCAUGGAUAAGGGCGUCUGCUAAGAAAUAAAUAAUAAAUAAUAAAUAAUAAUAAUAAUAAUAAUAAUAAUAAUAAUUUUUAGGCUACUUUGCUAUAUCAAACCCCAAGUCUCCCUUGUGGCUGGUUUUUCAAAACUUUGGUAAUCCGUUUUCUGCAUUUGAUCGGGAUUAAUAUUGUGAAAUUAGCUUUUUCAAAACAUCAACUUGUGACCGGGAUUACUGUGAUCUGGAUUUGAUCUGAUCUGAUCACACUUUUAAACGCAGUAAAAUGUUGUAAUUGGGUUUUUCAGAAUUUAUAGAGGAGAUCAGGAUUACUUUUAUCCAAAAUAGCAGGAUCAUUUUGAUCCUACUGCGAAGGUGGAUUUCACUUUUAAAUAAUCAAAGAACAUAGAUAUAUUGUUUGAAUUUUGAUAGAAAACACACACUAUAUGCAAAUAGAGUAUUAUAAUACAUGUUUCACAUAUUUAUUUAAGUUUUGUAUCCAUGCUGGCAAAUUAACAAUGUGUGUCUGAUUAAGGGAAAAAAUGAGUUAGUGGUAUAGCUUUUAUCAAAUGAUUUUUUUCAAAUGUGUGUGUGUGUGUGUGUGUGCUGUGUAAAAACUAAGCUGUGGGGAAAAAGACAUAUCUUUAAUGUGAAACAUCGAUGGAGGAGACUUCUAGAAGUAGUUUUUACAAUGGCAUCUCUCACUGCCCAUCCAGCUAGUCGAUCCUGUUUUUUUCGUUCUGCUAAAGGUGCAUCAUGGCUCCGGCAGGUCAGCGCUCAAAUCCUCGCCUUCAAUGGCUGGUACAUUGCGUUUGAUAGCGAUAUUGUGCAAAACGAUGCAGGCUAGAAUUAUGUUGCAUGCUUGUAGAUGUUCCAUAUGCAGGUAAUUCAGACAAGCGAAUCGUCUUUUAAGCACCCGGCUGAUGCGUUUUACUGUGCAUCUCAUUUUAGUAUGGGUAUCGUUGAAAUACUCCUACGUUGCUGUAGUGGGAUUGGCAUAAGGUGUCAUUAGCCAGGGUAAAAGUGAAUUGUCUGAUUUUUUUUUUUUUUUUUAAUGUUUUAAUAUAAAAAAUACGCUUUAAACUAUUAGGAUCUACUUAAAAAAACGGAUUUAGUAAUCGUGAUAUUUGUAAUCUGGAUAAAUGUAAUCCAGCAGUGACAUAUUCUGAAAAACCGGAUCAAAACUAUCCAGAUUACAAGUUUUGAAAAACCAGCCCCUGGUAUGCCAUGCAGUGGCCUGAAACCAAGUCUCCUGAAACCAUGUUCCUUGGUUUGUGCUCCCUCAGCUUAAGUUUCACUGGUAGUCUUUCAUCAGUGGACAAGUUUAAGGACCAAGUUUAAUUUUCCAAAUACUGUCUGAUUCAUUCAUAAAAAAAGUGCAAUGGUGACCUGACCAAGCGGCUCAGACUUCAACAAAAACUCAUGAAAAAGUAAAUACUGAAUAAUUUUUCAUUAUUGUUUCAUUCUCAAGUUCUCAAUGUUUUUUUUUUUUUUCUUUACCUCAUUUGGUAGUAUACAAAAACGUAACCAACUUCUGUGCCAUUGAAAGCAGACCAGCUUUGUUUUACAGUGCUGUAGAAAGGGGGCUUUUGAUUGUAUACAAGGAGAAAAGCCUGAUCUUUUCAGCAUUUCUUUUAUGAGUCAGAGGUAAAUACAGCCUACAAUCCACAUCUUUGUAAAUUGUCAAUUUGAGUGUUUUUAUUAACAUGUAUAAAUAUAUAUAGAUAUAGAUAUAUACAUUAAAAGAAGAAAGAA